AUGGCGUCCAAAAACAAAUCCAAGACGCCCAAAACAUCAAAACCCAACUAUACUGGAAUUUCCAUCUUCAUCGCGCUUUUAGCCGCCUCCUACGGCCUCUACCUCUUCCUCGAGUCCCAACUCGAGAACUUCUACAUCUUCACCCCCUCCCACCUCCACCAGAUCUCCCUCUCAGCAAUCUCCAAACACGGCAACAACACAGAAGCCAUCGUCUCCUCCAUCGUCUCCGACCUCCAAGCCAUCCCCUCCAUCGCCCCCUACAUCAACCUCGACCAGGAAUGGGUCUUCAACAACGCCGGCGGCGCCAUGGGCGCCAUGUACAUCAUUCACGCCAGCAUUACCGAGUACCUCAUCAUCUUCGGCACAGCCCUCGGGACAGAGGGCCACACGGGCCGCCACACUGCUGAUGAUUACUUCAACAUUUUGUCUGGGACGCAGCUCGCAUAUCAACCUGGACCGGGCGUCUUUCAUCCGGAGGUUUACCCAGCGGGUAGUGUGCAUCAUUUGAGGCGUGGGGAGGUGAAGCAGUAUAAGAUGGAUUCUGCUUGUUUUGCCCUGGAGUAUGCGAGAGGAUGGAUCCCGCCGAUGUUGGGGUUUGGGUAUGCGGAUACGUUCAGUAGUACGUUGGAUUUCCCGACGCUGUGGGCGACGACGAGGAUUACGGGGAGGGAGAUGAUUGGGAAUCUUUUGAACUUGAAGUUUUGA